UGUUGGAGUUGGAGCAUAUAUAAACAAAAAAUCAAAGUUUGAAGGAAGAAAAAAAACGAAGAAAAAUUUGUAUUUCUCUUGGGCAGAAACAAAACUGCUACAAAAUUAAGCUUUCAACGGCAACAAAACAAUAUAAACGGAAAAAAUCAAAAAUGAAAUUGGAGCCGAACGUAAAUGGGAGUCCGAGUCCUUUGGUAACACCAUUGAAAAUUUCCGCAACUCUUGGGGGAACGAAGGUGGAGCCCGCUAUACCACAAGCUCCACCGCCGCCAGAGACGCCGAAAUCUGAAAACGAAGAGGAUUUCGAUCAAUUUCCGGAAGCUGAUGAGGAUUUAGAUGAUGGCAACGGUAGUUGUGUAAAAAAUGAAAAUGGUAGUGAGUUUAGUUCGGAAUUGAAAACCUUUGCAAAAGUGGAUGAGUCUGUCGACAAUGAAACGGGUGAAACGGAAGAGUCGUCCACGGGCAAAAAGAAAUCGGUGCGAAAAAAACGUUCCCUCAACUGGGAGGAAGCUGAGCGUGGCCUCUUAGUGGAAAUCAUUAAACCAAAGGUGGAAUUUGUGGAAAAUAAAUCAGUCGAUGCCAAAUCAAUUAAAUCGAAGCGUUUGGCGUGGUUACACGUUACCAAGCACUUCAAUGCAUUAAAUUUCCGUCAUCGUUCGAUGGAACAAAUACAGGUGCAGUGGCGCAGCAUGAAGAAUUCAGCUAAAAAAGAAUAUCAACAGAAAAAUCCAAAAUCUACAAACAUGCUGGAAGGUUUACAAAUGCUUGAGUUUAUGGAGGAAAUGUUAAAGGAGCCAGCCAUUGGUGGCACACGUAGUCAGACCCGUAACUCAGCAAUACAAAUUAAAAAAGAACUGCUCGACGAUUUGGACGAAGAAGAUGAUACACCCUUGGCCGCUUUACCUGCAACCCUUUUCAAUAAUACCAGUAACAGUGAAGAUACCCAACCUACAUCGACAUUAGCUCUAUCGCCAUCCACCUCGGCCGAAUCUCAGAAUUUAGAAUUUCAACAAAUUAGCGAAACCAUAAAUGAAGUGGUGCCCGUGAAGAAAAGAAAAGUGUUACCAAAAUUAAAGGAGAAACCAGCUAAAGAAAAGGACAUAAAAUCGCCGGGUGACAAACCCGUUAUAGGUUUAAAAAUAAAACGACAAAAAUGUGAAUCUGCUGCAUCGAUGGGUGAUCUGGAAAACUCUACAGCUGGUGUCACAAUGACGAUACCCUUAACAUCGAAUCUCAAUGCAAAUUAUGUCGCUCCCAUGGAAAACAAACCAGCAACACAUACCACUUCCAACCUGUCAACACCGCCGCCAUCACCGCCGGCAUCUAGAGAUGAGAAAUUCAAAAAACAACUGUUUGAUUUAAUGAAACGUGCACGUUUAGCUGAAAUGGAUUUUGCUCGCAAGGAACACGAACAGAAAUUGCGCCAUGAACAACAAGAACAGGAUAUUAAAUUACGUUAUAUGCGUGAAUUGCACGAACAACGAAUUCGUUUAGCCCUAUUGGAACAUGAGGCUCGCAUGCGUGUCUACUCUCAAGUCAGUAAUAAGUCAUCGACAAAUGAAAUGGCAGCAACACUUCCGGCACUGACAAUGGAUACACAAUAGACAAUAUCAUAGGAAACUUUAAACGGUAUUUAUGUAUAGACGCAAUUAUUGAUAAUAUUCUAUAUAGAGAGUAUGUAGAACUAACCGUUCAUCUCAAAUCAGUUUGAAAUACUAUGCCAGAUGUAAAAUUGGUUGAGGCGAAACCAUCUUCUUCACAUGUUCAGUCGUUUUUAAUAGUCAGCGACUUUUAAAAUAUUGCUGUGCUGUAAUUUGGUUUAUUCUUGGAGAAGAAUUUGAAUUACCAGUAAUGUAGUUGUCAAAUGGCAUCUAAACUGAUGACAGUUCAUCCAAACCUAACUAAUGAUUUGAUUUUCUUCAGGUCAAGGGCAAUUUUCCUGCAGUUGACAAUAUGUUCUCAUGCGAGAAUUUUGGGAUUUUAAUGACGAAAUUGUUCCAUAUUUCAUUUAUCUUCAUGGACACAAAUUAACCGUGAAAAAUACUAUCUUGAAAGUAUUUCUUCUACUACCAUCUUAGGGUUACAUAUGCGUCAAUGUUUUAUUGUUUGCAAACAUUUUGUGAAUGUGUCCCACUACCAAAACUCCUUUAAUGUUCGGUUUUGUUUAUGGUUCCCAUUUUCCAAAAAAAAAAAAUUGCUUGAAGCUGUGUUUAUUUUGGGGCAAGUUUUGAAGUUAUAGAAACGUAUUCUUUAUAAUUUCUUUAUCUCUUUUCGUUCGUAUGCGAGGUAAAAUGACUGUUAGUUUGUGUGUAUAGUAUUACGAUUUAUUACAUUUUGCAAUUUUCGAUUAGUCUUACCUGCAUAGUGGCCUAUCUAACAAUACAUGAGCAAUAGUUAUUAAAGGGUUCCUCUGAAUAAAUGUUGAAACUUGAGUUCCUGUUUUAAUUUAUUACAAACCAAUAUGCAUUUUAAUACUAAACCAGAUUCUCAUUUUUUGUUCGAAUCUGUUAAACUGAUGGUUUAUGUUUAGCUUUUAUUAUUCUUGUUUAGUCUGAAGACUAUUUUCUCUUAUUGUCAUACUUUUCUCUAUUGAUCUUUGUAAUGAAGCCCUGCAUGGGUCCCCUAACUUUGCAGGUAAAUUAAUUUUAUUUGCAUAAAUUUCAUAAGUAUUUUUGCUAUGCUUAUGUGACAAAAUCUAUUGGGUUGAGUUUUAAUUUUGAAUAUUUUGCAAGUUUUACUUUUUUAUAUUCUACUUUGUUGUUGUAACAGUAAUAUGUUCCGUGUUGCUUUCUGUUGGUCAGAUUCUAAUUCCAAACUCAAAAGUGCAGCUACUUUCAAAGACUGUAGACAAGAUUUUCCAAAGUGCAGCGUAGUAUGCGGGCCUGUGUCGUACGCUAGGCAGACUUUUUGCA